GUUUAUCGCAUUCAGUGAAUCUUCUCCGUCUCAGAGCAGCACCAGCAAGCGUAUAUAGCAAUGGCCAAUUACAUUCACGUCCCAGAAGGCGCGCCUUUGGUUCCUAAAUUAGACGUGACUCUAGACGAGCACGAUUACAGAGCCGGAGCGCUGAAACUCAUCAAAACGUUGAGACCUCACUGGAAACCUUCGGAGGUCAAAAUGAAGUCUUUCACCGACGGUAUCACAAACAAGCUGAUUGGCUGUUACGUCGGCGGGGCCAUGCAGGACGUGGUCCUGGUUCGGGUCUACGGGAACAAGACAGAACUGUUUGUGGACCGUGAGAACGAAGUGAAGAGCUUCCGUGUCCUGCAGGCGCACCGAUGUGCUCCACGCCUCUACUGUACCUUCAACAACGGCCUGUGCUAUGAGUUCCUGCAGGGAGUGGCCCUGGAGCCCGAGCACAUCCGUAGCCCUGCCAUGUUCAGGCACAUUGCGAGGCAGAUGGCAAAGUACCAUGCCAUACAUGCCCACAACGGCUGGGUGCCCCAAUCAGACCUCUGGCUGAAGAUGAGCAAGUUCUUUUCUCUUGUUCCAACACACUUUGAAGACCCUGAGAUGGACCAGAGGCUGAACAGUGAGGUGCCCAGCACCGCGUGUCUUAGAGACGAGAUGAUCUGGCUUCAGCAGAACCUUUCUAAACUGGGUUCCCCAGUCGUUCUGUGUCACAACGAUCUGCUCUGUAAGAACAUCAUCUACAAACAACAGGAAGAUGUGAGUUUGCCCAAAUCUCUUCAUCUGCUGCACAGGGCUAUAGCCACUGACUGGAGGUGUUCAGUGUGUCCCGCUAGGACGCCACCGGGCCCGGUAACCACCUCACGUGUCUCUUUCUGUAGACCAACACUUCUGUCCAAUGUCAAUCAAACUUUUUUCUACACACCAGGAGCUCUAGAGCACUGGGAAUGCAAGGCAACGUAAAGUCAAACACACAUUAGGUGCAAUAAUGUGCAUUUUAAAAAACUAGGCAGUGAUUUGUCAUAUAUUAUACUGUAUUUGUAUACAUAUAUAUAUAUAUAUAUAUAUAUAUAUACAUACACACGCAUUACACAUUUGUAGAGUGGAGUAAGGCUUUGUUUUCAACACUGUCUACAUCACCUGACUGAUCAAGUCACUGCUUGCUAGAUCACUGCUAUACAGACUAUGUGCCAUUAGAUGGCAACAUUGCCCAUUUUCUCUCCUUUACCUCCUCUGUCCUUCCAACCCUGUGGUUUUACAGUACAGCCGUUUCCGUAUUUUUUUUUUUUGCAUUUUGCAUUUUAUAAUGCUGUCAACUCUUAUCUAACCUGAUUUGUUUAUCCAUUUCUGCUCUAUUCACUUUUAUUUUACUCUCUUCUUACUUUUACUGUUUCCUGAAGACUGUUUAUGCGAGGUGCUCUUUCUGUCACCAGUAACGAGAUUUCCUGGAAAACUUGGAAUAACUUUGCCCACUCACUAAUCAUUUGUAUUUAAGCCGGAAUCAUUGUUUGUUUUCAGUUGAAAAAAAAAAAUAUAUAUAUAUAUAUAUAUAUUAUAAUACACAUUUUCCUUUAAACUAAAAAAUCAAAGAACGUUGCAAGUUUUCCACUUUUCUUCUCAGCAGACUCAUGUAAAUGGUGAUUCAUCAAUUAGAUAAACUUUGUAUUUUUUUUAAAUUGAUAACAUAAGUAAUUUUAUUUUGAAAAGAUGAUCAUAAUUUUUAAAUCAUUAUAAAAACUUUAAACGUGUUGUUUUUAAUUGCUUGUGUUGAAAUAUUGCACUUUUCAGAAUAAAGAAUCUAUUUAAUUUACCCCAUACACUUAAAAACUAAUACAUUAUUGAAUUAUUAAAAUCAUGAAAUGAUGAUCAUGAUUUUGAUGGUCAUGUUUAGUUAUGAUGGAAAUGAUACCUGAUGUGGUAAGAUGGGUAUAGUGAACAUCAAAAUUAUAAUGAAGAAUGUUGCGUCAUGAUCUGAAAGUACGUUUUUUGACAUCAUUACCAAAAUAAUCAGUAUUUGAGAAUUUUAAUCCAGAAACAGUAUCUUUUCAACCGUUCAAAAGUUAAUUGAGCGCAAUGUUGUGUCCACACACAAAAAUUCAUUACCAUCACGCACAAAAUCAAAAACCUAUCAUUAGAGGAUGUGAAAAAUAUUUUACAUGAAAUGAAACCGUGUGAUAAAGUUUCAUUUUUCAAAGUUACCCUAAUUGAAGAAUCACCCAUAUAACAUGCUGUUUUUUCCACAUGCAUGCUAUAAGUGCAUGAAAUCUGUCCCUGUGUCUUGUUCACAUCAUCAUUCGUUUAUUCUUUCUCGUCUUGCACCAGAAUGCAAAUCCUUACUCCUUUUUUCCACAUUUGAUUUGAUAAGUCACUUAAAUUGCAGAUAAUGCCCAUUGUAGUGUUGGUUUGCUAAUACAGGCAAUAGAUUGUUACAGUAAAAAAGAACAAGGGUUAUUAAGAAGACAAUGCCCGUGUGCUUUUCUAAACAAAUUGCUAUUUGUUUCCCC